GGGAGCUUCGUGUGUUCAACAAAAGUCGCUGGGAGCUGCUGCCAGAGCGGACACCGACAGUGUCUAAAUUCUGCUUUUUUCGAGAUUUAAAGCACAGUGAGACAAUUAAAACACGUUAUCAGUGCCUUUCAGUUUAAGGCAUAAACGUGCAGGUUCGACCAUCGGUAGUCUAAAUCUAAACUGGAGUAAAAAGCGAAGCUGCUUUUGAGCAGCCGUAGCACUAGACUGUCGAGCUAGCCUUGUUAGCCAUACAGCUAGCUAGCUAUUUUGCUCGCCAGCUUCUAGAGCCGGACGACUCAGCAGCACAACGGGGAACCGGGACCCGAAAGGGAGGCUGCCCGGUUGCGGCUUGAUGCCCCCCUGUCUCCCUUGCCCCAGCACAAGCCCACGAUGGGGGAGACAAAGAUUAUCUACCACCUUGACGAUCAGGAAACGCCAUACCUUGUGAAACUAUCCGUGCCUGCAGACCGCGUCACUCUAGCUGACUUCAAAAAUGUCCUCAAGAAACCAAACUACAAGUUUUUCUUCAAAUCGAUGGAUGACGACUUUGGGGUAGUGAAAGAAGAAAUAUCAGAUGACAAUGCCAAACUACCCUGCUUUAAUGGACGUGUUGUGUCAUGGCUGGUGUCGGGGGACGGCGCCCACUCAGACGGAGGCUCCGUGGCUGACAGUCUAUCAGAGGCAGCCCCGCCCCUGGAGAGGACGGGGGGCAUCGGGGACUCCAGACCGCCUUCCUACCAUGGGAAGGCAGCCGUGGGUCAGGACUCCCUGGACAGCAACAUGGAGAGCAGCUCCCUAAUGUCUCAGAGGAGGGAGAGGCCCCGACGCAAACACAGCAGCCAGCACGGUGAGAGGAUGAAUGGGUUCCCUCGUGGCGUGCGAGGCCUGGAGCUGGGCAGCUUUGACAGCUGCUCGUCCUUCAUGAGCAGCGAGCUGGACUCCACCAGCUGCUUCGACUCUGAGGACGACGACGCCACCAGCCGGUUCAGCAGCUCCACUGAGCAGAGCUCCUCUCGCCUCAUGAGACGCCAUCGCCGUCGACGACGGAAACCUAAAACAUCCAACAUGGAGAGGUCCUCGUCGUUCAGCAGCAUCACAGAUUCCACCAUGUCCCUCAACAUAAUCACCGUCACCCUCAACAUGGAGAAGUACAACUUCCUGGGCAUCAGCAUCGUGGGCCAGAGCAACGAGCGGGGAGACGGGGGCAUCUACAUCGGCUCCAUCAUGAAGGGCGGGGCGGUGGCAGCAGACGGACGCAUCGAGCCUGGAGACAUGCUGCUGCAGGUGAACGACAUCAACUUUGAGAACAUGAGCAACGAUGAUGCUGUCAGAGUGCUGAGAGACAUCGUCCACAAACCAGGGCCCAUUACUCUGACCGUAGCUAAGUGCUGGGACCCCAACCCUCGAAGCUGCUUUGCCUUGCCCAGGAGUGAGCCGAUCCGGCCCAUCGACCCUGCAGCCUGGGUGUCCCACACAGCCGCCAUGACGGGGGUGUUCCCCUCCUACGGCCUCAGCCCCUCUAUGAGCACCGUCACCUCCACCUCCUCCUCCGUCAGCAGCUCCCUCCCCGAGACCGAGCGAUUUGACGACUUCCACCUGUCGAUCCACAGCGACAUGGCAACGGUUGCCAAGGCGAUGGCGUCCCCUGAGUCUGGGCUGGAGGUGAGAGACAGGAUGUGGCUGAAGAUCACCAUCGCCAACGCCUUCAUAGGCUCAGACGUGGUGGACUGGCUGUUCCACCAUGUGGAGGGCUUCUCUGACCGGCGCGAGGCCAGGAAGUAUGCUAGCAACCUGCUGAAGGCUGGCUUCAUCCGCCACACCGUCAACAAGAUCACCUUCUCAGAGCAGUGCUACUACGUGUUCGGAGACCUGUGUGGCAACAUGACACACCUCUCUCUCCACGACCACGACGGCUCCAGUGGGGGGGUGUCUGACCAGGAUACCCUGCCCCCCCUGCCCCACCCCGGGGCGGCCCCCUGGCCCCUGGCCCUGCCCUACCAGUUCCCUGCCCCCCACCCCUACAGCCCCCCCCAGGACCUAGGCUACCCUGCUGGGGGGCGUGGCCAGGGCAGCGCCGGCAGCCAGCACAGUGAGGAAAGCAGUGGCUCCAACUGCAGUAAGACAGAAGGAAGGGGCGGAGCUGGGGGCUCCAAGUCAGGUGGCAGUGGCAGCGAAUCAGAGGUGAGGAGCCAGCGUGCGGCCAGCGAGCGCAGCGUCCGCAGUUCCUACAGCCACCGCAGCGGCCACCCUCAUGGGGGCCUGGUGUACGGGCCCCCCGGCCUGCCCCCCCACCUGGGGCCCCUGGCCUCCGCCCCCCCUGGGGCCCCCCCUGGCCGUGAGAUGGCCUCCACGCCCCCGGAACUCUCCGGCUCGCGCCAAUCCCUGCGCAUGGCCGUGGGUAACCCUGGGGAGUUCUUCGUGGACGUCAUGUGACAGGGGUCAUAUGACGGGUCUGUGUUUGUUAUUGUUUAGCGCUGAGAAGGACGGAGGCUUCUAGAAAUCACUCCUCGCUCCAUCCCGGCUCGUCAUCCUUGUCUCCUGUGUGUGGACCUGUUGGCUGUGAGGCUGGUGGGCAUACAGGGACACGGGCGCCUUCCAGGGCCGAGGUAACCACCAGGACUACGGCCUUGGAUGAGGUCCACACCAUUUCCUGUUAGAGCGUCUCCAUGGAGACACGGCUGGGUCUAGCGGCCAUACUUUCUUCAGUGAAGAAGCCCCCAGGGGGAACCAAAGCGCCUUCCUGCGUUUCCUGCUAAGGAGGGGGACAUGUUUGUAUGUGCACAGGAAGGGAGAUGAGGGUGAUUCAGCCUUUACUGCAGGAUGCUUUAUCGUUCAUGUUCUGCUUUUCAAUUUCCACUCCAUGUCUCUCUACAGCGGUCUGCCUUCCCCCAACCUUGCACAGACACAUGGGGAAGAAACCUCUCCCUCCUCCCCUCCUCCCAGUCCUCUCCUCCCUUCACCCUCCCCCAAUCUUCUCCCCCUCCCUCCUCUCCUCAUUGUUACCUCUAACUACAGACUAUGCCCUCCACCCCCUAAAAAAGUAUGAGAAAGCAUUUCUGUUAGCCUUUACCUUUCUACAGACUUUUAAAUGUUUGACUUGAUAAAAAAAAACUGAGAAGACAUUUGUGUAGAUCGACUGAGAGGAUAGCCUGGCAGCCAUCUUUAUUCUGCCUGCUUUUGUUUUAGAGCUAGUGGGUCACCAAUACUUGCAUUUUUAUUAACACUAAAACACGAGCAUUCAGUUUCAAGACUCAAUUGUAUUCAGCCAGAAAGCCUCUGUUGUAUGAUGAUGUAUCGUGGGGGGAAACCUUUCUUAUCUUUCACACUACUUUUAUCAAUGUCUUUUUAUUUAUAAAUAUAGUUUUAUGACUUUAA